AUGAUAUCGUCAACAGGUCAUCCUCGGUCUCCCGCCAAAAAUGGUUUACCAAGAAGCCCUUCCAAGAAACAGGGUAGGUAUCCGCGCCGCGUACCAUCAAAACGAGGCGGAGAGAUCCAGUCGGAAUCAAGCAGUACAGGGAGGGUAACAUAUAAGAGCGAGGCAAACCAAAUCUUCUCUCUGCUUCCAAGUAAGUUGGCUUUGACCUCCGACGUAGGGAUCACAAUGGCCAGAAAACAGGAGGCAAAUAACCGGAAGGCCCGAAGUAGCAAUGCCGUUUAUCCGGAAGAGACUACAUAUGAUGAGCUCGAUCCGGACCUAAAGGAGUUGUCCAAAAGAGGCAUUCGUGUGAAAAACUUUGACGAUGAGGAGGAUGUAUACAAGACUUUACAGCUAAUCAAGAACUUACCGUGUUCUCUUCAACAGAAACGGAAGUACAGGUCGAAGUUGGCGGAGCGACCAACAAAACGCCUUGGAGGAUGUAGCGGGUGGAUGUAUCGGCGAAAGAUGGAUUGGAAGAAGUUCAAGAUUGGCUACAAAGAAUUCCAAUACCAGAUUGAACUAUGGGGGACUGCUCUGAAAAAAAUCGAAGGACAACAAGGGGCUGGUGUACUUUCCUACUUUGUAUUCCUGCGCACCCUCUUCAAGUUGAACAUCGCUAUCUUUCUACUAAUGUUCAUUUUCGUGACUUUACCUGCCAUUGUGAAUUUCUCGUCAAACGGUUACACCAGUGCGGUGACUGGGACAGGUAUCGGAGGUGUAGACGUGGCCACCGCCCAGACCUGUAGUGCCUCCUACACCGUUAAUGUCUCCUCUAAUGCCGCUACACUCAUUGCAGACUUUCUUCAGGGAACGGGUUGGAUGGAAGGUACAGCAUUGUUCCUUGGUUGGUAUGAUGCUAAUGAAUACAGUAUGGGCACUGCAGGAAGUCACAAUUUUAAUUACAUCAUGCCGCUCGCUGUCUUUGUUGUCGUCGUUGUUGUCUUCAUCAUUUCGUUAGUGGUGAUGGCACAGGCAAGCGUAAAGAGCUUUAGAGAGAGCAUAUCCCGGUCUGGUGAUGCCGUUCGGUACACGUAUAACAUUAAAGUGUUCUGUAGCUGGGACUAUGCCCUCACAGAGGAGGUUUGGAGUACAAUUAAACAGAAGAGUGUGUACAAAGACAUUGUGGCAGAACUGGCAGAAACGAGAUUUAGGCAGACCAGAAAAAAUAUGACAUCGAAUCAGAAGUGUGCUCUCUACACGAAACGGUUUUUCAUCAACUGGCUUAUCCUAGCAAUGCUUGGUGGAUCUGCAUAUCUAAUCUACUUCGUCCAAAAGUUCUCAACAGAGACAACUUCCAGUGACAGUUUCGUCCUACUGCUGAUACAGUAUCUGCCAUCCAUUACCCUGGGCGCUCUCAAUGGAAUAUUGCCCAUUAUUUUUCAAAUCCUGAUCAAGUUUGAAGAUUAUACCACUGGAUUCGCCUUGAAGUUACACUUGAUAAGAAUCGUGUUUCUGAAGCUUGCCUCAUUGGCUGUGCUGAUCAUAUCCAUCUACAGUCUUAUCACAUGUGGUACAAAGACAACCCCAUGUAAUGUAGGGAUUCCGGAUUCAUGUAUAGCCAUUACGUGCUGGGAAACCUACGUUGGUCAGACAUUCUACAAGCUAGUAGUCACGGAUUUCUUUAUUAACGUAAUCGUCAUUCUGCUCGUGGAGGGACCUAGAAUGGCUCUAACUACAAAGUGUGAAAGUAAGCUAUUAAAGAAGGUUGGCCCUGCUGUAUUCGACAUUCCAAAAAGUGUAUUGGCCUUGGUGUAUUCACAGAUGUUAUGUUGGAUCGGCCUGUUGUAUUGCCCUAUGAUCACAUCAAUGACGGUUAUCAGUUUUUUUGUGGUUUUCUAUUUGAAAUACUUAUCCGCAAUGAAAACUACUGGUCCUCCCGAGAAACCGUACCGAGCCUCGCGGAACAAUAGUUUCUUCAUAGGUAUUCUACUUCUGGCGUUUUUCAUGUCAGUUUUCCCAGUCGGUUAUACAAUGGUCAGGAUACGACCGUCGACUGGGUGUGGGCCGUUCCGAAUCUACAAUACAGGGAUGUCAAAUAUCAUUGAUGCGACCAUUUCCAACCUUCCAGCAUGGCUGAAUGACCUUGUCACACUGAUCACGUCAUCAUCGGCAGUAUUAACAUUCCUAGUAGUAUUGAUCAUAAUUAUCUACUUCUGUUCAGCAAGAGGAAGUGCCUACCGUGGCGUCGUCAAAAUGCUGGAAGAACAACUCACAAUGGAGAGUCGAGACAAACAAUUCCUGAUGGCGAAGGUCUACGAACUGACGGGAGAGAAACCGGCGGCAAGGAAAAAGGAAUCAGUGACUACAGUAAAUGAAAAGAAGGCGAAAUCUAAGAAGACUGAGGCAGAGGUAGAAACUCCCCCCGGACCAAGUGCACAUAUUCUUUAUGCUGAAGGGCCUGUUGUUUCCGAUGAUCCUGUCCCGGCAAUGCCAGAAGAAAAAGACCCAUUUAAUGCACCACCGGUAUACCGGAGUCCCUCUCCAACUGGUUCCAGACCAACAACGCCAAAAAUUUUGGUAAACAAUACAGACUGGGAGGAGACACCCAGAAUCAACACGGGCACUACACCUGCAACACAGCCGGCCAAACCAUUGGAGUUCUGAUAACUCACGUGCACCAAUUACA